CUGUAUUUUAAUGUCAUAUAAUGUUGUAUUAUAAAUAUAUUGAUAGUUUCAUAUUAUUUACGACGGUAAAAUAGAAAUUAUAUAAGAGUAGUUACAACACAAAUCAUCCCCUUCAUCGCACCCAACUUCUCCUCUACACCGAAGUGAACUGGCCCGUUACGAUAACCUUGUGUGGUAGUAUACCAGGGAUCUCCUCUGUAGUUGCUUUGUGUUCAAGCCAGUACAGUGCGUUGAAAAGUUUCGAGCGGCAACAUGGCGUCGAAAAAAGCAAAGAAACAAAGGAUCGAAUACGAAUGUGAAUCAGAUCAGUUUAGUGUCAUUUCAGAUGACGACGAGUGUGAUAUUAGUGACAGUGAAACAGACGAAUACGAAUUAAGUGAAUGUGAAAGUGGUGAAGGUGAGUCGUGGAGUCUGUCAGGAGAAGCGAGAAAACCCUUUCCCACAGACAGCAAUUUAGGAAAGGUUAAUGUAAACAUUCCUUUCUUGGAUCGUAACCCCGAAUCGAUAUUUGAGUACUUCUUUACCCAAGAAUUAAUAGAAUCUAUUGUGUCACACACAAAUAUUUACGCAUCCGAAACAAUUAAGAAGAAGAGGUCGGAAGGAUCGCUGAAAACAGCGAGCAGAAUUCGAUAUUGGAAAGAAACCGAUUGUAAUGAAGUGAAGUUAUUCAUUGCUUUACUCAUCCUACAAGGUGUAGUAAAGAAACCAACCAUGCAAUUGUAUUUUACUAAGAAUGAAAUGCUGGCUACCCCAUUCUUUAGACAGGUCAUGAAAAGAGAUAGAUUUCUACUUCUUCUAUCAUUGAUUCAUUUUACUAUUGAUUCAGAAGAAAGUAGGAAAGAAAACGAUUACCAUUUCUUUCAAAUCGUACCGCUUUUGAAUCAUCUAAAAGAGAAAUGGCAGGAGAUCUACACGCCAGAAAGAGAUAUAAGUAUAGACGAGAGCCUGCUUAUGUGGAAGGGUCGUGGUCUCUCAUGGAGAACCUACAUACCAAGGAAGAGGGCACGUAUGGGAGUAAAGUCUUACCUUCUCUGCGAAUCGUCCACAGGAUACGUCUACGAUAUGAUGAUCUAUACAGGAGAAUCUACACUUUUGUGCGAUAAAGUAAAGGAUCUCGACCUUAAAGGAUUUAAUAAAACAUCGAGGGUGGUGUUAACUCUGAUGGAAAGUCGACUAGACAAAGGUCAUAGGUUAUUUCUGGAUAACUAUUAUUCUUCGCCCAAGUUAUACGACACGUUAGCACGUUACAAAACUGAUGUAGUGGGUACUGUUCGAAUGAACAGGAGAGAUUUGCCACCAGAUAUGAAAGACAAAGUCCUAAAACCCGGGGAAGUUUGCUCGUGGUAUCGUGGACGACUCAUGGCACUGAAAUGGCACGAUAAAAAAGACGUGUGUAUGCUUUCUACCAUACACGACGGUAGCAUGAGAAGUCAUAAAGGUAGAGGACGGAAAGCUAAGAUGAAACCAGCAGCAGUGUUGGAUUAUAACAAAGGAAUGGGAGGUGUCGAUCUGGCAGAUCAAUGCAUUAGUAAUUACGCUGUCAAAAAGAAGUGUUUGAAAAAAUUUUACAUGAAGAUGUUCCUUCAUCUCCUAGAAAUCACGGUGUUUAAUUCGUACAUAAUUUAUAAUAAAUACGGGGCAAAUACAACCCAUUUGAACUUCAUACUAAAUUUAGUGACCAAUCUCACAAAGAAAUACUCUGACAGAAUCAAACCUAAAAUAAAUGAAAUAUCGAGGAUACGUCUAUCAAGUUCAAAGGAGAGGCAUUUUAUGACCUUUGUCCCCGUGUCGAGUAGAGACGAAAGCAGGCUGCUUAGGAAAGCUUGUUAUGUUUGUAGAAUGGAAAAGAAAAGAAAGGAUACUAAAUAUCGGUGCGCUAAAUGUAAUGUUACGUUAUGUCUUAUUCCAUGUUUCGAAAUAUAUCAUACAAAAAACAAUUUAGUUACGUGAAAAGUACGCAAGAUUUCUUUAUUGUUCCUCAUCAGUAUCGGGAGAAUGAACAACAGAGCAAUUUCCUGUGUUAUCGUAAUGUCUAAUGUAAACCAUUCCGUAUUGCGAUGACAUUUAUUGAACAAGUGGAUUACCCAAGUGGUUCAACUCAGGUGAUUUUAAACUUUAUAAAUAGAUAUACUGUUAUUCUGUACAACUUUUGAUAUAUUAUUAAUAAAGAUACACAUUAUUUUCAUAGUAUUUUAA